AUGCUCAAAAUGCAGAUUCUGGAUUGUGGAGUUGUCAUCUCAUGGAUCUUCAGUGAAAGCCUCAGAAGUGAGACAGACAGGCAGUGGAUUUGGGAGGUGCUGAACACAGCUUUGGAGCGUUUAUCGCGUCACAUACACAAAGUUGCCCACGACGUCAAAAUCCUGCAAAAGAGAGUUGACCGUCAGAAAGAGGAAAAUGAGGAGACAGAAGAAGGCACAAAAACACGCGAACAGGAAGAAUUAGAACAACAACAGGAAAAACUUGAAAAUCUGAAGGAUUUUCAAAAAUCUUUAUUCCUAGACGUGCUUCAUAAAUUCACUGUAUUGUUGACCGAGUUCAUUGUUCACUGUGAGACAGAAGGAACCGAUUUUCGUACGCCCUACUUUGCUUGGAUCAAUGGACGCUUCAAGCAGAUAUUUCUCAUGGUUUGCGAUUAUUUAUCAUUUACGUCGUGCGAAAUAGUACCGUGUGACCCAAAGGGAGAUGCGAAAAUAAGAUAUGGUGAAGCUUAA